GGACUCGGUGCUGUCUGUCCCUCUGUCAACAACACUGCAACCUGAGACGGGAUAGCUACCAGUGGGCUAGCUCAUUAAACCAGCUAACUUAGCUACUACGCUAGCGAAAAAAAAAAAUACAAGAGUUUUUAUUUGUAAAUAUAUGCUUUGGUAGAGUGAAUUUGCCGCACUAACCGUGAGUCGCUUCGAGAGGACUAGAGAUGCCUUUCCCGUUUGGUGAGUUGUCUCCACUUUGGAUCACCGACAGCAGCGAAAGACAGGUUCACUCAGUGUUUCCAUUUUGCGAGGUUUCUUCAGCCUCUCCACUCUUAUGGUAUGAUGACAUCCCUGAUCAAAAACAACAAAAAUCAGAGCUCCUCCUCAGACGGCUAACAGAUUCUAGGUGGUGUACAUAUGGCUGCUGAGGUGGAGGUCCAAUCUGGAGAAGUGGGGAGAUCUGGGGGGCGCCUGCACCUCAGUCCACUUGUGGACUCUAAUAACAAAAACCGCCUGGACCUAUCCUCCAUGAACCAGUCUCAAUUCAUCAGUACUGAACCAAGCAAACCUGUCCCGGGCCCAAAGCCACGUCUUACCCCUAAACCCUUUGCUGUGGACCGAAAUGCCACAAUUAAGCCCAUACUUGCCCCAAAACCACAACCAAAGCCCCGUCCAGAAUCCACUCGUACACCUGGAUACAAACCAGAUCUACCUACUACCCCAAAACCUCAAACACCACCCAUGACUAACAAACCGAAACCUGCUACUACCACUUCCACCCGUCCUGCUUCAACAACUUUCAAAACCUCCAAGUUAAAUACAGGGCAAACUCCCAAGCCAGUUUCUCAACCUUUUAAACCUGCGCCACCUAUUGAUGGUGAUCCAAGUAAGCCAAUAUCCCCUUCCCCAAAACCUUCAGAUUUGACUCAUUCGAGGAACCUUAAAAGACCCCCAUCUGCAGAGUGGUUUGGGACUACGAAAAGGGAGGAUCAGGAUUUGGAAUCACUUAAUAAAGUUGGGACAUCGAUUACAAGGGCAAAAUCCACUGGGCAUCUUUUACAAAUAGGGCAAGAAGAAAAAGAAAAGACCAAAUUUGAAGCAGUUGUGUCACUCAGACCACAGUCCAGAGGCAUCAGGCAGAGACCUGUAUCAGCAGUAUUCCCAACAAGUCCAACCAAAACUGAUUCACCAAAUUCAGCGUUCCCACGGACAGAAAGAAGACCUCUGUCAGCAGAUCUAACUUCCAAAUUUGAGUCUGUUGGUCUUUCCUUGCAUCGUACAACAAGAGGAAGAGAAAAUGAAAAUACUUCAGAUGAAAAUUUGCAAAAGAGAGAGCAAGAGAAAACCGUCAAGACAACACUUCAAAAUGCUGCAACCAUUAAACCAGACCAAAGCAAAGACAAUGUACAAGCAAAAGACAGUGAGGAAACAUGUGGGGCUAGUAUCAAAUCAAGAAUUAGCCUUCUGUUUGAUUCAUCUUCACCAGUGUCUCCUACCAUGGGCCAAACUCCAGACACUGAAGCUGAGCCUGUAGUAGGGGUCAAACAACUCAUUAAACAGCUCACUGUGGACCAAAUCACCCCAAAUCAGAGCCCUGUUUUAAAGCCAGCCUUGAAACCACGCCCCCUGCCCCUUGACCUAACCAAAAGGUUUUCGCCUGAUCCUGCGGUUUCUCCCACUACACAUGACACUACAGAUCGCCUUGACGCCAGUAGAGCUUCCCAGAAGAGGGGGGAAGAUUCAGCCAGGACACCUAGUGAUGAAAAGACAUUUGUGGACUUAAAAGACUCCCCAGAUCAGAUGAAAACACUCAUGUCUCAGGGGCCUGAAUUGAUGUCUCCAAAGGAAAGCAAAGCCCUGACAGUUCGAGCCUCUGUGUUUGAAAAUGUCAUAGAAAAGCACAAUGUUUUGAUGGUGGAAGAAAAUAAAAAGGAUAAACCAAUACCCGAUAAAACCGAUGAAGAAGGAAAACUUGUCACUGCCACCUACAAGGAGCCAGUAUCUCCGUCGGGGCCAGUUCGUGUAGUGCAUGCGUUUGACACUGUCCCAGCUGCAGAGGGGAGCACAGCUAUCAGUGAAAACAUUCCAUCUGCCCAAUGGGAGGAUAAAGCUAUGACGCUGCGUUCAAGGCGCUCAGAAGGGACAAAAACCACACCUGACAAAACAAGUGCAGAACAGAUUUCAACUGCUCCAAGAUAUCUGCGGGUGGGGGCACUGCCAAAAUGGACCCUAGAUGAUGACAUUGAUAUGGAAACAGGAAUGCCAAAAGAUAAACCAAGAGAUUUUGAGGUGGAGGAUGCAUCUGCUGCCACUGCUAAACGUUUGAAGACACAGCAGACAGAGGAACAAGCAAAACCAAGAGCGACCUACUUCGCUUUGACUGGACAAAUGCAGGAAACAGCCACAUCAGACACUGCAGAUAAUAUCCCUUUUUUUGACCCUUCUGUCCAAUGGAGCUCCCAAGGGAAAGUUUUUAAAAGGAAUCCAUCUUUAGAUCAAGCGUUUAGUAAAGUACAUGACAGUGAUGUAGAUAACAUUACCAGUAAAUCAAAUAUAGAGGCUCAAAUGGAGAAGCAAAAACUACUUGAAAUGGAAAGACAGGCAGAGUUAGAAUAUGCCAGAGUGAAGGAGAGGGAGAUGCAGCAUGAGUAUGAGAAGCAGCGAGAGACAGAGAAGCAGGAAGAAAAACAACGUGUGCUCGAGAUCCAAAAGCAGAUCGAGCUGGAACGACAACAGCAUCUCGAAUUUGAAAAGCAAAGACAACUUGAGCUCAAGAGGCAGAGACAACUUGAAAGGCAGAAACAAUUAGAAUCAGAAAAGCAAAGGCAAAAUGAAUUGGAACAACAGAAGCAGAUUGAAACUGAAACGCAAAAGCAGGCAGAGCUUGAGAGAUUCAAGCAAAUUGAGUUGGAAAAGCAAAGACAACUUGAGCUAAAAAGGCAGAAACAAUUAGAAAUGGAAAAUCAGCUGCAGUUGGAGAUGCAAAGGCAACGGCAGUUAGAAGCUGAAAAACAAAGGCAGAUGGAGCUGGAGCGUCAGAGACACCAGGAGCUGGAGCGUCAGAGACACCAGGAGCUGGAGCGGCAGAGACACCAGGAGCUGGAGCGGCAGAGACACCAGGAGCUGGAGCGGCAGAGACACCAGGAGCUGGAGCGGCAGAGACACCAGGAGCUGGAGCGGCAGAGACACCAGGAGCUGGAGCGGCAGAGACACCAGGAGCUGGAGCGGCAGAGACAACAGGAGCUGGAGCGGCAGAGACAACAGGAGCUGGAGCGGCAGAGACAACAGGAGCUGGAGCGGCAGAGACAACAGGAGCUGGAGCGGCAGAGACAACAGGAGCUGGAGCGGCAGAGACAACAGGAGCUGGAGCGGGAGAGACAACAGGAGCUGGAGCGGGAGAGACAACAGGAGCUGGAGCGGGAGAGACAACAGGAGCUGGAGCGGGAGAGACAACAGGAGCUGGAGCGGGAGAGGCAGAUGGAGCUGGAGAGACAGAGAAAUAUUGAACUUGAAAAGCAAAGACAGAUAGAGCUAGAAAAACUGAAGCAAAUAGAAGCUGAACAACAAAAACAAAAAGAGAUGGAAAGGCAAAAGCAAAUUGAACUUGAAAAACAAAGUCAAAUUGAACUCGAGAGACAAAAACUGCAAGAGAUUGAAAGAGAAAAACAACUUGAGCUGGAGAAAGAGAGACAGCGACAGUUGGAAAAGGAAAGACGUGAGAUGGAGAAACAAAGGCAGCGCGAGGAGGAGCGGCGUCAGAAAGAGCUAGACAGAGAGAGGAAACUCCUGGAGAUGCAAAAGGAGAGGCAGAGGAUGCAGGCUGAAGCAGAGGAGCAGGAGAGGAGGAGACAGCUUGAAUUGCAGAAGCAGAGAGAGAGGCAACAGGUGCUGGAGCUGGAGAAACAGAGGCUCAGAGAGAAAAUGGAAAAGGAACAGGCAGAAAAACUCCGUCAGAUGGCUCUAGAGCAGGAGAUGCUGAGGCUGAGAGAGGUGGAGAAAGAGAGGGAGAGACAGAAGGAGCUGGAGAGAGAGAUGGAAAGAGAGAAGCAGCUUGAACAAGAGCUGCAGCGACAGAGAGACUUAGAGAAACAAAGGCAAAAGCAACUGGAUAUGGAGAGGCAGGAGCUUGAAAAACAGAGGUUCAGACAACAAGAGCAGGAGAAAGAGAGGCAGAGGAGGGAGGAGCUGGAGAGGAUGAAGGAGCUGGAGAAGAGGCAGCUACAGGAGUUUGAGAGGCAGAAAUUGGCAGAAAGACAGCAGAUACUGGAGCUGGAGAAACGCAGGCUUAAAGAAAAGAUGGAGAGGGAGGAGGCAGAAAAGAUGAGGCACAUUGCCAAACAACAGGAGGCCGAAAGACAGCGCCUCAAAGAUAAACAGAAGAAAGAGGAGCAGGAGCGCAUCAGGCUGGAGUCUGCAGCUCUUAGACCCAAAGUUGUCGAUCUAGACUCUGUUCUAAGAAAUGAGCAGUCCAAAGGCUUUCCUCGUGGAGACCCUUCCACAAGGUGGAAGGAGCCAUCACCCAAAUCUGAGCAAAACCUCAGACCAGGAAUCCUGGACAUUGACUCUUUCAAUACUCAGACUCAGCCCUCCUCCACUAGAGACUUGUUUCCAGUGGUUGGUAUUCAGGAGGUAAACCCACAAGUACCAGUGUUGCCACAAAACACAGGGGGCUUACAAAGUCCUGUUUGGACCACUUCUCAGGAUCCAUGGGAACUGCGCUCUAUUGAGAUGUCUGUGGACAAACCAGAACAACCCAGAAAAUCUUUGGGCAAAACUAGCCUAGAGCAGCUGCUGAUGAGGCAGGAGGAACGCCGCCAUUCCCCUCAGAGGCGAUGGUCUGGGUUAAUGGUGGACGAUCCAUUUCAGAUGGGACCAUUCUCUGGACCUGAGACCAAACCUGCAGCCCCUGCUUCUGCAGCCUCUACAAUCUCUUCCUUUGAGCAGGUCUGGCUCCCCAAAGAAACACCGCAAGGACAAAGCAAGGCUGAGGGGCAAAGUGGGCAAAGCAGGGCUGAAGGCCAAAGCAGGGCUGAAGGCCAAGGCAGGACAGAGGGCCAAGGCAGGACUGAGGGCCCAAGCCAGAGGAGGACCCAGGGCUCCACGGAGCUGAACAGAAUCCGAUCCCGCAGCAUGUCCAGGCGCUCUGCCCCUUCGAGCAGCGCGGUGGAGAGCAGUCUGUCCAGGAUGAGGAGCCGCAGUGCCCACAGAGAACAGGAUAGAGACAGCCUGGUUCAACAAAAACAAGAUGGGAGCACAGAAGAUGAGUCAAAGGACCCAGAGACUCCAGUCCAUGAGACGGACAGUCAGUACGGAACCUGGGAGACAGGCCUGCGUUCUGAAGACAGUUUAACCCCAGCCACGCCGAGCUCUGAAAGCAACCUAAGCCCCUCACCCUUAAAACUCACCUCUCCACAAACUCUUCACCUGGAGACAGAGGCUACCGACAGUGUCACUGAGCUGCUGCCUUUCCCAGAUGCUCAAGUCACUUUGCUAGACAACAGUGUCCAGCGAUCCCGUGCACAGUUGGGCAAGAAGCGUGCUCCCCGGACCCGACCUUCAAGAGCCACUAAACAGACUCCAGCCGAAGGAGUGGCCUCUGAUGAGUGGCUCUACAAAGACUCCACAGAGGAGAAGGUUGAAAAUAAGAAUGAGGACUCAGACUCCGAAGAGCAGCCCAGAGGAUCUGACAAUGGUCCCAAACCUGCCCCCCCUCAUCCUCAGAGGGUCGCCCUGUUUCCUGGAAUGGAUCAGUCUGCUUUAAUGGCCCAGCUAAAGAAAAGGGGUGAAUCCGACAAUCAGACAGAUAGUUCUACCCCUACUCCAUCUCAGCUGUCCCGUUCUCCCAAAUCCCCUUUCCUUCCUCGGGCCACUCGUGUACUGCCCCCUCCUGGUGGAAAAGAAAAUGGUAGUGAGGAGGAUUCGCCCCAGUGGUUGAAAGAGCUGAAGUCCAAGAAACGCUUGAGCCAAUAUGAGAGUGAAACCUAAUACAUAUUCAGAUUGCCUUAACAGAGAAUAUAUUUAAAAAAAAACAAAGCCUUAAAAAUUUGACCCGGGAUCCAGGAGGGGUACCUCUUCUGCUGCUCACGUGUUUUACUUUUUGCUCUGGUCCCGCUGAGGUCAAAAUAAAUGUGCAUGGUGCCUUUUUAUAUGAAAAAGUCUUGUGGAGAAACCAUACAAAGAAAAAAUACAUCUACCUACUCUACUUAUCUUGUCAAUGGGAGAAUCUUGGGAUGGACUUAGCAUAAAUUACAUAUUGGGACCACUACCACACCUCUUUCAUGGGAUAGGCUCAUUCUGAUGGACAAUUUCAGUUAAUUUACUUGAUUAGUACACUAAAUAAUACUGUAUGUGCAUAAUAGUAGUUGUUGGUUGUGGUCAUAAAAACAUUGCCAUAGGAUUACAUUGAAAAUAGAGAACAAAAAUUCCCUGUAGACGUGAUAGUUUGCGGGCCUGUAUCAUAUUGUAUGUUGUAAUCAUGAGAUGUUAUAUUUGUAUCAGAGUAAAUAAAGUCAAAGCUAGUUUUGAAUGAGCUAGAUGCAAAAUAUUAUAGAUUUUCAAUUUAUUUUGUAACACGCCUGAACAGUGUCAGUUGCUGUAAACUGUAUAUUAAUUUACUUUUCUGAGAUGAAGAUGGAUAUGAGAUCUAUAUGGCCAAGUGAAAGUAUAUCUGUCAGUCAUGCACACUCCUUGCUAGCACAAACAUUAUCAAUGAAAAAGUGCUAUUUAGUUGCAACUAAUAUUAUUACCAAUAUUAAGCCAUAUACCCACUCCAAAAUAUAUUCUGGUAAACUUCAAUCUCCAAACUUCAUCUUCAAUGUCUUGUCUGCUUCUCUUUCAAAACUGUGCAGUAUCUUUGUCUUCUCUGCAUGCAUGCACAAUCCUUUUUUUGAAUCUUUGCUCACAUCACAAGUUCUGAGUGAAGUGUUUCUGGUUUACAAACUGGGCCUGUACAAUAUUAGAAAAAUAACACCUUAUAUGCAACAUUAGAAAUUCUGACAAUAUCAGUGGCAUUAUUAGGAGAUACCAUUUUGACAUGACUUGGAAGAAAUGAGAUAGGACAAGAUCUUGUGCCACAAGAUUGUGCUUGUGUUUACAUUUAGCUUGGAUAGAAAAGGGUUGGUGAGCUACACCUCUUGAGAAUUUGCUGAACUGCACAAUUUAUUUUUUUAUAUAUGAUGUCAAAAUCUUGUCUCAUUCUUGUGGAUUCAAGAAGAAGAAAAACAAAUAUUUACUACUCAAAACUAUCUAAAUCAAUAUGUAAAUAAAAUUAACCAAAUUUGUAACAACUAAUAACAAAAUCUUUGCCACUUGCCAAAACCCUAAUAUAACUGCAAUAUAUGCCUAUUGUGUUCUCCAGUGUUGUUUUUAUCCACUCACGACUAACUGCAGACAUAUUUUCAAUCUAGUACAUUGCUAUUCUAAAUCAUUGCACCAUAUCCAUCCUCUCGCAAAAUACUAUCUUCUCUUUACUCUGUGUCUUCAAAGCACUUUGUCACUUGAUGCACUACAGCACUGAUCGGACCUGUGAUUUGGCCAUGUCUUGUCUUCUAUAUUUGGGUGAAUGCAUUUCUCCCUGAUAUAACUGUAUAAUAUGUUUUACUUUGAUAUAAAUAAUGUGAGGGUUUAUUUUUAUGUCUGUCUUUGUGCUUUUUUUUUUUAUUUUGAGAGUAAAGAUGUAUAAUGCACUGUGUUGUUCUGGCCAGUGUCUAAAAGUGAAAACAUUCUUAAUAAAAAUUUUAUUGACAUAAAA